AUGUCAACAACAGGUCAAAGACAUCCAUAUUAUGUUAAAUAUAAAGUUGCUAUUCAUAAAUUUACAUUUAAAUUACAUGCUAUUGAAAUGGAAUUAAUUGCUAAUGGUGGAUAUAGUAUGGAUUUAAGUGAAAGUGUUUUAAAUAGAGCAUUACAAUGUGCUGAUAAUUGUUAUUAUAUUCCAUAUUCUACUAUUAUUGGUAGAAUUUGUAAAACUAAUACUUUAUCAAAUACUGCUUUUAGAGGUUUUGGUGGUCCACAAGGUUGUAUGGCAAUGGAAUUAAUUUUAGAUCAUUUAUCACAUCAAUUAUCUUUAUAUCAUUUAAAUAAUAAUAAUCAAUUAAAUAAUAAUCAAUUAAAUAAUAAUAUUAAUAUUUCUAAUCCAUUAAAUGAUAAUAAUUUAAAUAAUACUACUAAUCAAUUAAAUAAUAAUAAUAAUAAUAUUAAAUUAAAAGAAAUUGAAAGAUUAAAUAAUGAAAUAUCUAUAAAAUUGAGACAAGUUAAUUUUUAUAAUAAUGAAAAUAAUAUAACACCAUACAAGAUGAAAAUAAUGGAUAGUUAUAGAAUUGAAAGAUUAUUUAAUGAAACUAUAAAAUGUUCAAAUUAUGAAAAUAGAUUAAAAUUAAUAGAAGAAUAUAAUUUAAAAAAUAGAUAUCGUAAAAAAGGCAUGUCAAUUAUACCAGUUAAAUUUGGUAUUGCAUUUGGAGCACCAUUUUUAAAUCAAGGUGGAGCAUUAAUUCAAAUAUAUUUUAAUGAUGCAAGUGUUUUAUUAAGUAUAGGUGGUGUAUGUAUGGGUCAAGGUUUAUUUAUUAAAAUGAUUCAAUGUGUUUCAACUACAUUAGGUAUACCAUUAGAAUUUAUACAUUUAUCUGAUACAAGUACUGAUAAAGUACCAAAUACAUCUGCUACUGCUGCUUCUGUUUCUUCAGAUUUAUAUGGUCAAGCUGUUAUUAAAGCAUGUCAAACUUUAAAUAAUAGAUUAGAUUCUUUAAAAAGAAAAUUAUUUCCUCAUUUAUAUUAUGAUGAAAAUGAUCAUUUAAAUAAUUUAAAUAAUAAUACAAAUAAUAAUACAAAUAAUAAUAUGAAUAAUAAUACAAAUGAUAUGAAUAAUAAUUUAAAUAAUAUAAAUAAUUUAGAUAAUAGUAUAAUAAGAGAAGAUUUAAAUACAAUUAUAAAACAAGAUUUGGAAAGAUUACCACCAAAAUUAACAAGUGAAGAAUGGAAAGAAUUAAUUAAGAAUGCCUAUUUCCAAGGAGAUAUAUCAUUAAGUGCAACAGGAUAUUAUAGUACAA